UUUUUAGAUUCCCAGUCAUUGUUAACAGAAACUAGGCCACCACCACCACAAUGAAAAACAAGCUCCUCACAUACACUUGCCAGCGCCACUAAGAAAAAGCAAUUACCCAAUCCCAACCGUUGAAGCCCUUUCGUCGUUAUCCCAAUUUCGUCGUCUCCGUACUACACGCGCGCACCAACUUACUACGCUCACUCACGCCACACCUCAUUCAUUCUCUCUCUAUCUUACAUUACCAAACCCAACCCCAAAAAAACGCACAACGCAACAUCGUGCACACCACCAACACCUGAAUAGGAAUCACCUCGCGAGAGGACGCAACAUUAGUUGUAGUACUUAAGGGGACUCACAGUGCACAUCAAUGCCUGCUCAGGUCGGUGUCAGGACACGCGCCCGAGCCGCAUUAGCCAUGGAACCUGACACUUCAGCUCGACCAACUCCCAAGAGAAAGACCAUCACCCACACCAACCAAGACCCUCCUAAAUCCUCCAAGUCUCCCAGAACCAGAACCAGAACCACUUCUUCUUCCCUCGUCAAACCUCUCACGCUUCUCCCGCAGCAACCGGAGAUCAACCGACGCUGCCUCAGCCCUACCUCCGCUGAAAUUCCUGCAUUUUGCUGCUCCAACAAUGGAUCCACCAGCCUUGAUGAGGACAUGAUCAAACUCUUAGAUCUGGAGGUGGAGAGCGCGCAAGUUGAAACGUCGACGUGCAAUGGUGCUGCACAAAUUGAAGGGAAAGAGAUGAAUCGUUCCAGCAAGCAUCUCGAAAAUUCGGAGGACACAGAGUCAGUGGAGAUCAAUUCUUGUCGUGCCUCGUCAAAGGUUCAAACCAUGCCAACGGUGUCGGAGCUGGAAGAAUUCUUCGUUACCGCCGAGAAAGACAUUCAGAAACGAUUUCAAGAUAAGUACAAUUAUGACGUUGUUAAGGAUAUGCCGCUGGAAGGACGUUAUGAGUGGGUUCAGUUGAAACCAUGAAGGAGGAACGUGUUUGUCACGUCGUACUAGCUAGGUGGCUUAUUAAGGCGCUGAGAUAGUGCAGCAGUACUACAUUGUUAUGAGGAUUGAGAUUCUCUGCUGCAGAUUGUGAUUCCGUGAUGUGCCUUCCCACUGCUGCUUUCCGUUAUGUUAUAAUCAUUGCCCUGCAAAUCAAACACUGUGAUUCGGAUGAGAUAUCAGAAUAUCUUCGACAACACAGGAUCUUCAUUCUUGCAAACUUUUCAAUCUCCAAUCAGGACCUUUACCUUUACUCUCUCCCCUUUAACCCUUAUUAACAUGUGCACAUUCAUAUAAUAAAUACAUUGUUGUGUGUUGUUUUCUCCUUCUCCCAAAAGUGGAAACAAAACACACAUUCAUCUCAUCUUUAAUUAGAAGGCAAUGUUAAUAAAGCAGUGUCCAAGUUUUAGUGGGAUCUUAUGAUAGUAUAUGAACAUCGGAUUAUGUGA